AUGGCCCCCUCAGUCGUUCAGGACGUGUCGCCGCCCACGGAUGCGGUGCCCGAGACCCGCCAGGCCCCCGCCUCGACCGCAUCGUUAUCCAAGCUCUUCUCUCUAGACGGAAAGACGGUCGCUAUCACGGGAGGUGCGCGCGGUCUGGGAAUCGUCCUCGCCAUUGCCGUUCUCGAGGCGGACGGCGACGUCGCGUGCCUAGACAUCCUCGAGAAGCCGGCGGAAGCCGAGUGGGCGCAGGCUACCAAGCUGGCUGCUGCCAAGGCCGGGUCCAUAACGUACCACAAGUGUGACGUGACGGACGAGGCGUCCACCGAGAAUGUGAUGGAGAUGGUCGCCAAGGAUGCCGAGUCCCGCGGUUCCGUCUUCUGGGGCACCGUUGCCUGCGCCGGUAUCCAGCAGCAGCUACCCGCCAUCGACUACCCUGCCGCCGACUUUGACAGGAUACUCAGGGUCAACGUGACGGGUGCUUUCAACACCUGCAAGUAUGCUGCGAGGGCUCUCAGGAGCAGGAAUCUCCCCGGUAGCAUCGUCAUCAUCUCCAGCAUGUCGGGUAACAUUGCCAACCGAGGUCUCUCGUGCACCGCAUACAACUCCAGCAAGGCUGCCGUGCAGCAAAUGUGUCGUUCCAUUGCCCAAGAAUGGGGCCAGUUCGGUAUCCGCAUCAACACGCUGUCUCCGGGAUACAUCCGCACCGCCAUGACGGACCAGCUCCUGGUUGAGAACCCCAGUGUCGAGAAGACCUGGAUGGCCGGUGCUCUUCUUGGUCGCUUGGGUGUACCAGACGACUUCAAGGCGCCCGCAGUUUUCCUCUUGUCUGAAGGUGCUUCGUUUGUGCACGGAAUUGACCUGAGGGUCGACGGUGGCCACACAGCUUCGGCUUGA